AUGGCUUCUACCAGACUGCCCCUCCCCCGCCAUCUGCGCCUGCGGGUGGCAUCGCCGAGGUUCACCAGUGGCCUGACCCGGGCAUCGCCAGCAUCCUCUGCACGUGUCGCCAGCCUCUGCGCUCGCCCUGCGACGGCAGCGUCCUUGCCUAUUGGCAUUCGCGCCUUCAGCGCGACGUCGUCGGCCUUGACGCCUUACGCCAAGGACAACACGGACGCGUCGCUCGAGCCACUCAAUGAAAUCCACACCUUCAUCCCCCGCCACAUUGGCCCCGACAUUCACGAUGCCCAGCAGAUGCUCAAGGCGCUGGAUCCGCCAGUCAAGACCAUUGACGAGUUCAUUGCCGAGGUCAUUCCAGCAGACAUCUUGUCGGAAAGGGCGAGCUUCCUCCCCAAUGGCGAGCCCCUCCUCGAGAGCGACAUUGCCUCCAUCGCAAAGAUGCUCAAGACCACCGAGCAGUACGCGGCCCCCUUGAUCGGUGCUGGUUAUUACCCCACCAUCACGCCCCAGGUCAUCCAGACCAAUGUUCUGGAGAACCCGGCUUGGUACACCAGCUAUACGCCCUACCAGCCCGAGAUCAGCCAGGGCCGCCUCGAGUCUCUUCUCAACUUCCAGACCAUGGUCUCCGACCUGACCGCUCUCCCCAUCUCCAACGCUAGUCUUCUGGACGAGGGUACGGCAGCCGCCGAGGCCAUGACUCUGUCCAUGAACGCUCUCACAACCUCUCGUGCCAAGAGGGCUGGCAAGACAUACGUCGUAUCCCACCAGAUUCAUCCCCAGACGCUCUCUGUCCUGCAGGGCCGAAGCCAGGGAUUCGGUAUCAAGAUCGAGACUAUGGAUGUUACAUCUCCUGAUGCGCAUGAGCGUAUCAAGGCUCUCGGUGACGACCUUGUUGGUGUCAUGGUUCAGUAUCCUGACACUAGGGGUCACGUUGAGGACUUCAAAGCUCUCUCCGAAGUCGUUCACUCGCAGAAGGCUCUUUUGGCUGUUGCCACUGACCUUCUGGCUCUGACUCUCAUCACUCCCCCCGGUGAGUGGGGAGCCGACAUUGCCUUCGGUACUGCCCAGCGAUUCGGCAUUCCUCUUGGCUUUGGUGGGCCCCACGCUGCCUUCUUCUCUGUUACCGACGCGCACAAGCGCAGAAUGCCCGGACGUCUCAUUGGUGUCUCCCGCGAUCGCACGGGCAAGAAUGCCAUGCGCCUGUCUCUCCAGACUCGUGAGCAGCACAUCAGGCGAGAGAAGGCCACGAGCAACGUGUGCACAGCCCAGGCGCUGCUCGCCAACAUGAGCGCCCUCUAUGCCAUUUACCAUGGCCCCGAGGGCCUCAAGCAGAUUGCCAACCAGGUCGUCGCCCGCGCACGCGGCGUUCAGGCGCUUGCGAAGCAGUUUGGCAUCACGACGGAGGAGCCUCGCAACUCUCCCGAUGGCAAGGUCCUCUUCGACACGGUCAUUCUCAAGGCUGGCGACACGCUCGCCGAGAACAUCGUCGAGAAGGGUGAGCAACUUGGUCUUCACUUCCGUAAGCUUGGCAGCGGCGACCUCGGGGUCAGCAUCGGCGAGGCCACGGAUGCGCAGGCGUUCCAGAGGCUUGCCAUUACCUUCGCUGCGGCCACUGGUGGAGAUCCCAACACGGCCGGCGAUGCUGCCAUUGAGGUCCUUCGCAAGGAGGGCGUCGAUGUGCACAGCACGCUGCCUGACACUUUCAAGAGACAGUCGGAGUACCUUACGCACCCUGUUUUCAACACGCACAGGAGCGAGACGGAGAUCCUCCGUUACAUCUACCACCUUCAGUCGAAGGAUCUUUCGCUCGUCCACUCCAUGAUCCCCCUGGGAUCCUGCACCAUGAAGCUCAACGGUGCGACUGAGAUGUCCCUGAUUUCCAAGGACACUUUCUCCAACCCCCACCCUUUCGUCGACCCCAAGCACACCCCUGCCUACCUCGAGUUCAUCAAGCAGCUUGAGGACCAGCUGUCCGGCAUCACCGCCAUGGACGCAACCACUCUGCAACCCAACUCGGGAGCGCAGGGUGAGUUUGCCGGUCUGCGCGCCAUCCGCAGGUACCAUGAGCAGCAGCCGGGUACCAAGCGCGACAUCUGCCUGAUUCCCAAGUCUGCCCACGGCACCAACCCUGCGUCUGCCGCCAUGGCCGGCAUGCGCGUCGUCCCUAUCGAGUGCGACAACCUGACGGGCAACUUGGAUAUUGCGGAUCUCGAGGCGAAGUGCAAGAAGCAUGCUGCCGAGCUGGGCGCCAUCAUGGUCACGUACCCUAGCACCUACGGUGUGUUUGAGCCGAACAUCAAGCAGGUCUGCAACAUUGUGUACGAGCACGGCGGCCAGGUUUACAUGGACGGUGCGAACAUGAACGCCCAGAUCGGCCUCUGCUCGCCCGGCGAGAUCGGCGCUGACGUCUGCCACCUGAAUCUGCACAAGACGUUCUGCAUCCCCCACGGUGGAGGUGGUCCUGGCGUUGGCCCCAUCUGCGUGAAGAAGCAUCUGGCUCCCUACCUGCCCGGUCGUCACCCCGACGACAAGGAGGCCAUGAUCAGCAGCGCCCCUUACGGAAGCGCUGGUAUCCUGCCCAUUCCUUGGGCUUACAACUCCCUCAUGGGCAACCGUGGCCUUGCUCUCGCCACCAAGAUGGCCAUUCUGAAUGCCAACUACCUCCUCGCCCGCCUCAAGCCUUACUACAAGAUCCUUUAUACUAACGAAGGUGGCCGCUGCGCGCACGAGUUUAUCCUCGACGCCCGUCCCUUCAGCAAGACGGCGGGUAUCGAGGUUAUCGAUAUUGCCAAGCGUCUUCAGGACUACGGAUUCCACUCGCCCACCAUGUCCUGGCCUGUGGCUAAUACGCUCAUGAUCGAACCCACGGAGAGCGAGAGCAAGGAGGAGCUGGACAGGUUCGUCGAUGCGUUGAUCUCGAUUCGCGCCGAGAUCCGCGAGAUUGAGGAGGGCAAGCAGCCGCGCGAGGGUAAUGUGCUGAAGAUGGCGCCUCACCCUCAGGCAGACGUGAUCCUGGGUGACAACGGCAAGUGGGAGCGGCCCUACUCGCGUGAGCAGGCGGCGUACCCCCUGCCGUGGCUCAAGGAGAAGAAGUUCUGGCCCAGCGUUGCGCGUGUCGAUGAUGCCUUUGGUGACACGAACCUCUUCUGCACUUGCCCACCCGUCGCAGACACGACGGGCGAGCAGUCAUUUGGCGUACAGGCGUAA